AUUUAGCCUUCAGCUUUUCUGCAGGCUGUGUUUUACAGUGCGAUUCACUUGGUUACUUGGUUAUUAGGGAUUCCAAGUAUCGUUUGAGGGGAAGGUAGAGGAGACUAGAGUGAUGAGUGAAUAGUUCUUGAAGAGUCAGGCAUUUGGUUGUUUUAUGUUUGAGGAUGUGUCUGUUCUAAUGUCCAUAAAUAUAUACGUACAAAAGUUAAUAUACAUUACUCUGUUAAGGGUGGUUUCAAAGUAAUGGUAGUUUGUGAAUUCUUCAAUAAGAAACUUAAUUCACCAAUUAUUCUAGGUAAUGGAAGCUUUUACAAAACUAAGGAAAGUCGUACCUUGUGGGGUUCGAUUGUUAUCUGCAAGAUAUUCCAACUCUCAUAAAGAGGGGAAGCCAGCAGAAGAGACCACACCAGUAGAAGAGCCUGUGUUACCUUUCUCACGUGAAGGUGACUGUGGAUACUCAUUAGUAAACGAUGUGCAGUUACCAAAAGAUGAUAGAAUAUUUCAUGCAAUUGGAAAUACAGACGAAUUGUUAUGUCAUCUCGGAGUUGCCCGGGAAAAUGCUAUAAAAAACAAACAUCCUUACACAGAUAAACUGACAAGGAUACAGACAAUGUUAGUGGACAUAGUAUUAGCCAUAAGCAAACAAAGUACCAAAGAAGCUUUCCCAGCAAAAAACACCAAAGAGCUGGAAGAGUGGAUUAUCAAAUAUUCUAAAGACUUGACACCAGCAGAAAAAUACCUUUUGCCAGGAGGAGGCAAAGUGGCUACCUCAUUACAUGUUGCACGAGCUGUCUGUAGAAGAGCAGAAAGGACUGUCUCUCCCCUUAUCAAUGAAGGCUACCUCGACAGGGAGAUCCAAGUAUAUUUCAAUAGGUUAGCAGACCUUCUCUUUACGUGGGCAAGAUAUGCAGCGAAGAGAGAUGAACGGUCUGAAUCUGUAUACACACCCAAGUCUGAGUCGAAAAAGAAGCCAGUGGAAGCAAAACCAGAACCUAGUAGCUAAAACAAAUCGUAAAACAUCAGUAGAAGAAUUUAGUUAAUAAUCAGUUAGGAGCAAUAGCCUAACUAAUAAAGCGGUGUGUUCAUUAAUAAAUGCUGUGUAGUGUUCGAACAUGGCUGACUUCCUAGACAUAAUUUAUUUAUUAUUUAAUGUUGUAAAUAUGUUUAUUCAUUUGUUGUUGUAUACUUUACUUUGAAUGUAAUUAACAAUAUAGACUGUCUGUAAGUAAAAUAAAAACAAUUUUUUCUAGUCA